GCAUUGACUGCAAGUACUGUUGACUUUGUGUCAAUUGUAUACUUUAUCUCACAGAGGAACCGACAUAGAGAUUAUACUAUUGUUGAGUGACUUCGGUGUACGAUGACGUCUGUCGGCAAUGCUAACGUUCAAGGUGUCCGCGCUUGCUACAAUUGCGGUCAACCCGGGCAUAUUUCUCGAUAUUGUCCAUUACCUGAUCGACGUUUGAAUGCGUCACAUGUACCAGUUAGUAAGGUUCUUGUCCCAACUCAGCCGCUGUUGACUGUCCCUCUUGUCCCUAACGUUGGUACAAGUGUCCCUUAUUACUCUGGUCAGUAUAACAAUGGUGGUAGUGGUCUCGGGCGUCGAGUCAGUACUUUGGAAGAAAUCGUUAGUAAGAUUAAUGGUAAACACGAAGCCGAAGAAGCAAAGGAACGGGCUCGGCGCGAGGAUGAAGAGCGAAAGAAGCGCGAUGUGAAUGAGGAAGAGAGACGUGUUAGAGAUCGGAAGGAGCGAGACAAACUCCAUAAGGAGUUGCACAAGGAGAUGACGGGGAAGCUUGAUAAAGUCUGUGAAGCUGUUAACGGUAAGAAUGUUGGCGAGAAUGAGGAGAUCGCCAAGCUAAGAGCUCAGGUGGAGUCGCUUGACGAGAUCGCAAGUCUCAAGGCCGAGAUUGAGGUACUUCGCCGUGGCCAUCCUGGUGCCAGUACGUCUGCCACUGUUUCCAAGCCCAAUCGGGACGCUGAGGAGUUAUCGCGACUUCGGGUCGAACAGGCAGAGGCGAAGGCAUUUUGUGAUUGGAGGUUCGCCUCUUUCGAGGAGGUUAUUAUCGUCUUGCAGAGGCAAUGUGAAGCUGCCGAGGCGAAUGCUGAUGUGUGGCGAUCGGAAACACUUCGUCCGGGUAAUAAGCGAGGAAGCGUUGCCAUUGGGGCUACUCCGGCAUCUGAUGCGCGAGUGAGGGCGCGAGUGGCUUCUCCAAAAACUGGACGUGUGAACCUGGACUUAAAAGGUAUCGUUGAGCGACACCAAAUGGAGGUGGAUCAUCUCAAGGAAAUGCGGUUGCGCGAGGUUAACGCGCGGAAAGAGCCCGAAGAGGAGAUUGGACGCUUGAAGGAGGCGAUGGCAAAACUGGGGACCAGGGUCAAAGCUAAGGGCACUAAUUUGAAGGCCAAGCUUGAUGACGCCGCCGGAGUCUCCAUGAGAAAAACUUCUUUACGGAUUUCGGACGAUGCGGGUGGUGCUUCUGUCAGGAAGGGCAAAGCAGCGGAUAAUCCGACUGUGCAGAUCAACAAUCGGGAUGCUUUUUUGUGUGAUGCUCGAAAAGACCUGCGUAAGAAGAAUAAGGAGGAAAUUUUGGCUAUAUGUGAAAAGGAGGGAUUAACCUAUUCUACGUUGGAACCUGCUAAGGAAGCUAUUGCGCAUCUGCGUACUGCUCGCGCUUUCGAUAAGGAUGAGCGCGGUAAAGGUAAGGCGAAUUUGGUCGUUGAGGUAAGUGAAGAGGCGGGUGGUAGCUCUGAUAAGGAGGACGUGCGUGAUUUCGCUUGCUCUUAGGGUUACACCCGAACGCGGCCACGAUAUGGUCUAUUAUUAACUCUAUUUGUGCCUUUCGUG